CGGCGCGCGGCGGGCCGGGCUGGGCUGGGCGCUGGGCGCGCGCCGGGGCAGGAGGAUGCGCCCCGCGGAUUUGCCAGUUCCUUUAUGCCAAUGGGAAUCGUGUCCUGGCUCCUGGUCAGUGCUUUAAGAGAAGCCGAUGCUCGGAACAGUGACUUGCUGCAAAAUGACUGGGAAUGUCAGGGCAUCCCUGGUUCACUUUUUCUUCUGACCCUCAGGUUUCACUCCAGCGGCUGAGUGCUUGAAGGAGGAAGUGUCUACCUCGAGCUUUGAGUACACUGUGAGCCUGGGGGACAAGAGAGCACACAUGUGGAUUGCCUCCUGCCUUGCCUUUUCUCCCAGCCACCUACAGUGAGCUCUCACAUGCCAGAGAAGCGGAGGGUGGAGGAGAGCCACUGCACAGAGCUGAGGCAGCACGAGUGAGCCGAAGGGCGUUUGACCAGUGCGCUGCGGCUGCUGGGGGUCCUCGCCACCCCACGACAGGGACAGCUGGCUCCUGCCAGGUAGAUGCCUGCAGGGGAGUGGACAACUCCAGCUGAGCUGAUGCAUCUCGGCACCUGAUACAACGCUCAGCUUCUGAUAUGAAGAAGGAUAUAGAGUCUUUAAUAGCCCAGGAAAAAGCAGAGAUCGUUGCCAAGUAUGAGAAGGGCAGACAGGAAGGAGCUCCGAUUGACCACUGGGAAGAUGCUGAUUUCACCCUGUAUAAAGUUACAGACCGGUUUGGAUUCCUACAUGAGCAGGAGCUGCCAACCCGCACCGCCUUGGAGGAGAAGCAAAAACAGCAGGAAAUUGAACGUGUGGACAAGUGGCUUAAGAUGCUGAAGAAAUGGGGCAAAUACAGAAACAGUGACAAGAUGUGCCGGCGAGUGUACAAAGGGAUCCCACUCCAAGUGAGAGGCCAGGUCUGGUCACUUCUGCUGGAUGUCGAGAAGAUGAAGAAGGAGAACGAAGGAAAAUAUGAGCAAAUGAAAGAACAAGCAAAGUGCUUUUCAUCGGAAAUCAAGCAGAUAGAUUUGGAUGUUAACCGCACCUUCCGAAACCACAUCAUGUUUCGGGAUCGCUACGGAGUGAAGCAACAGGCACUCUUCCACGUCUUGUCAGCAUACUCUGUUUAUAACACCGAAGUGAGCUACUGCCAAGGGAUGAGCCAGAUUGCAGCCAUCCUCCUGAUGUACUUGAAUGAAGAGGAUGCGUUUUGGGCACUGGCACAGCUGCUGACCAACCAGCGACACGCCAUGCAUGGUUUUUUCAUUCCUGGGUUCCCGAAGCUGCAGAGGUUUCAAGCUCACCACGAACAGAUUUUAAGCAAACUGUUUCCCAAACUGAAGAAGCACAUGGACAAGGAGCAGAUGACUACAGGGAUUUAUACAACCAAGUGGUUCCUGCAGUGUUUCAUUGACCGGACGCCCUUCACCCUCACCUUGCGGCUGUGGGACAUCUACAUCCUGGAAGGGGAGCGUGUGCUGACAGCCAUGGCUUACACCAUCCUCAAAUUGCACAAAAAGCGCUUGCUGAAGAUGACACUGGAAGAUUUACGUGAGUUUCUGCAGGAGAAAAUUGCUGCUUCCCUGCAGUAUGAGGAUGAUGCAGUCAUCGAGCAACUGCAGGUGUCAAUGACUGAACUUCGGAAGAUGAAAUUUGACCUCCCACCACCAGCAAAGCCUGAAGAGUUUCCAAGGAAACCCCUGGGCCUGGAGCUCUCUCUCAAUCCAGUAGCUGUAAAGGACAACCCAGCAGCCAACAGCCAGAAUGGCCGGGUGGGUGAGCACACCCUGGACAGGGAGCCCCAUCCCCACAGAGUUCCUGAGGGACCAGGAGGAAUGACAGUGGUGGAAGAGAGGAUUCCCACUCUCCAGGGCAGUGAAGCAGCGGAAGCAACAAACGUGCCUCCUCCUGGUGGGCAGCCACUGGAAGAGCAGGGCCGGGUGGAGCCCAUUGUUGACGGGCAGCCGUCAUCUCUUCUGAAGGCAAGCGAGACACAGGCCCAUCAUCACUUCCUGCCCAUGGCCCUGCCUCCAGAGGAGCCUCCUCUUGCUCCUGGCUGUGCCAUGAUGGACCACGGAGUCCCCCUCCAUGCCCCAGCUGAGCACAGCUCCUUAGACUCCUCUCUCCAAAACAGGCCAGCUCCUCCUGACUCGAGCACUGCUGAGCUUUCCACUACGGAUGAUGCAGUAUGGCAGCCAAAUCCUGCUGCCAUGCCAGCAGAACAAGCAUUUUCCCUGUGUGAAGAUGCAGCGCUUGAAGCACCCCCCCAUCCCCUGCUGGGCGGCUGCCGGCGUCUCUCUUGCACGUCACAGCACGAGUGCUCCCCCGAGAGUGGGCGCAGGGAGGCAGUGGACCAGGAGCACUGCGGAGCAGUGCUGCCGGGCAAAAUGGACUUGAAGCGCUCAGCAUCCAAAGCUGCGUCCACAGGAGAGCUCACCAGCCUGCAGAAUGGGCUGGGGAGCGCCGCCAGCACUGUGCACUGGCCCAAGGACAGGGUGGCGGGAGGCAGCGUGCCCAUCUUAUCCAGCAGCGAGCCGGAGGGAGCAGGGCUGGGUGAGGGCUGCCCCUUCCAGCAGGCAUCAUCCCCUGUGGUGGAGGGGAACAGCCCCUACAUCGUUAUCAAAACUGUCACUCCCCUCCACCUGGCCCACGCGACAGAGCAGGACUUCUUGAACAGAAAGCAGGUGGCAUUGCCUCUGUUGGAGACUGGGCACCCCCUGCCUGCCACCUCCACACCACCAACUCUUACGCCAGACCCAGAGGAGGCAGAUGUCCAGAAAAGCCUCCAGAAACCAUUAAACGCACUGAAAGCCCCACGACCCCCUCUGAGCCCCAAACCAAAAUUACCACCACAGGUUGUCAAAUCCCACUCAGAGAACAGUUUCCUUUCAGGCUCUCCUCCCCUGGCAAAGAUGCCCAAAUCAGUGACGUUCUAGUGGAGAUGGGGGAGGGAGAGGAAGUGGUUUCUGGAGCAGCACCCCUGCCCCAUUUACAGGAUCCCAUCCUUCAGCAGGGCUGUGUCGGGAUGACAGCACAGCAGCCAUCGUAUGUCGAGCUGUGCUUUGGUACGUGUGCCCAGCGAGGAGAUGAAGCAGGGGCCACCAGCAACAGGAGACACCAACAAAUUGGAUUUGCGUCUUUCCUAUGGACAAAUUGGAAAGUGAUUUCAUGUUUUGUUCCUCAAAGCUCCACGAGCCACAUGGCUUGGGGGAAGAGGCAGGGCUGGUGAAUGUGUUGCGUGUUUUCUUUUGCUCCUGCCUUCCGUGGGUACCCAUAGCCAGGGAAGCAGGCAUAAGGCAUAGGAAUCCAAGAUGCUUUCUUUAAAAUGCCCCAUCGGCACAGCCACAGCAUUGGUUUCAAAGGCCUUUGUAGCAAUAGAUCUUUAUUUCAUUUCCCAGACCCAUGGUUGUAGGCAGCAGGAUUUCCAGGCAGGGCCAUGGCAUCCUGGCCUGCUGCUCCCUCUAUGCAAUUCCACAAAGCGGUGCCCAGCUGUACCCAGCUCCUGCUGUGGUGGUGGAUGGUGUCCAAGAGAAGAGGUUUAACAGCUGCUGAGUCCCUAAGGCGUCUGCUUGGUGUUACCCCAGUGGAGGACCGCCAACAGGGUGGUUCUUUCCCAAGUUCUCAAGGUGAGAAUGGCAGUGAUGAAGGUUGAGCCUGGUCUCUUGAGCUGAGUGACCUUUCUGCUGGCCUUUCCCUCGCAGGUUCAGCGUGGCGAGCAGGCUCACUGCCUUUUUGUUGGCCAAACAGGAAAAGGGACUGCUGGCUCGGGAGGCCUGUCAGCAUGAGCAAGCUGCUGGAGGUGCGAUGGCAUCUAAUCACAGUGCCCAAGCUGAAGUCCGCAUUUACUUUGAGCAGGUUAAGUGUCAGGGUGGAAAGGGCAUAGGAGUUGGGGAAAGGGAGCACAUUGCCCAGGGUCUGAUCUCAGCUCUUCUCGUUUAGACCACACAGAAAUUAACAACCAAGGAAGGAAACCUGGGCAUGAUAGGUGCCCACGUGCCUGCUUGCCCUUCAUGCACCAAGUCCUGGUGGCCUGUCCAUCUUCUCCCCAUCCCAGAGCGUUGCUGUUGCAUAGCCCAAGCCAUUGGUUAGGAGUGUGCAAGGGACCUUGGGACACACCCCACAGAAAGAGCUGGUCCAAAAUCCUGUUCCAGCAUCUACUGCAUGCCUAGAGAUGGAAGGGCCUUCAUUAGGAAGGUAGAUCAGUGGAAGAAGCGGGAAAUAAACCAGUCUAGAUGUGCUUUUUGACCUUGCAGUUCAGAAGGGGUGGCUAUAGGUGAGAUUCCCACCCCUUGAACCGAGACCCUGAGCAAAAGCUCCUUGUUUCUAAGGAGACUUAGAAAACUGGUUUUUUUAUCUCACAGGCUGCUUCAAUAGCAUAACCUGAUCUGAAGCCUACAUGAAAGCCCAGCACCAAACCUCCACUAAAUUACUUUGUGGGGUCCAGGAGUUGGACUCGGUGAUCCUGAUGGGUCCCUUCCAAUUCAUGAUGUUUUAUGAUUCGAUGAUUUAUCAGGAUUUAUUUUGCCUUGUGUACAUGUGGUUGGUUGUGUUUGUAGCAAGAAGAGUGUCAAAGGGAGCACCGGAUCUUUGUUUGGAUGUAGCCAGCCAGACCACAGCACUCUCAGCUUCUGUUGCAACCCCUGCUCUGUCCAAGGCCCCAUCUUCUGCUGAGCUUCCAGCCUUGGCUGUCCUCUCCCUCUGCAAAGCAGGGAUAACUCUAUUAGCUACCUCGCAGGGGUGUUGUGAGGAGUCAAGCGUUGCUGUUUGAGGAAAAGUGCUCUAUGAAUGUUCAGUAUUUGUGUUUUGAGACACCACUGGUCCUUUCUAGGACAAUGGUGCUUGAAUUGGUUUUAAUUUAGAGUAUGUUUUCCUGUAACUCUGCAUAGUUAAACCUAUUUGUGUGCUAAAAUACCUGAGCAGUAUUUCAGGACAGAUAUCCAUUGCCUUUUGCUGGCAGCCCACUGGCCACUGGAGCUGACUGUGAAGCAACGAGAAGCAUCUGAGGGCUGUUGGUCACAUCCUGGCUUGGCUUCUGUAGCCUGGGGCUCUGUCCUCUCCUUGAAGCCUGCGUAGGACUCCUGCUAAUGUAUCUGAGCAUUUGGCUCACACGUGCAGGAGCGGAGACCUCUUUCCCCUCAUUUUGACCUAUUUUCCCUCAUUUCAGGCACACAGCCUUGGCGCAUCAUGUUGCUUGUGCACCUGGGCUCCUCAUCCAGCAUGUGUCUGGUGUGUUUUGCAGUAUUAACAUGUAAGAAGGUGGUUUGCUCUAAUUUUGGAGAGCUGUCAAAUGCAUAGUACUCACUGCAUAGCGUUUGGUGCAUGAUGUUCAACAUGAAUUUUGAGGGGGUGGUUUCUCCCCUUCAAGCCCUACUGGGAAUGAGCAGCAAGGUCCUCAGUCACCUCUAUGCCUGGGGGAAACCAGCAGCUGGUUUCAGUGACCUUUGGACCAGGCAAACAAAGGCUCCCCCUUUCCACCAAAGUGCUUCUUGCUGGGAAGGUCUUUGAGCUCCUCACUGUGCCACCUAAGAAGCUCUUCUCCAACCUGCAGGCCCUGAAAGCUGGUAGGUUUGGGAAGAGGCCCUUUGCCACAGCUGGCUGGGAGCCAGCAGCGUGCAUUGCUUUCCUUGGUGUGAUGCUCUCACUUUAGCACAUCAAAGCAUGAUCUACAAGGAGAUGACAAAUCCUGCCUCCUCUUGUCUGCAGACCUGCCUCUUGCUGCAGACAAAAGUGCAGCCAUGGCAGGUCUGUGGCAGCCAGGAUGGGCAGGACCUGGCCCAUCCUCAGCUCUUUUCAUGGGGAUUAGGAAGGGAAGGAUGAGGGUGGCAGCUCAGCAGGGCAAAUUAACUGGCCUAAGCCACUUGCCUCUUACCAAAUUAACUGGUCUAAGCCACUUGCCCCCUGCCCAGCCUCUUAUAACAGUGUCAGCCCCUUGGCAAAAGGCACUCUUACUGUGAGCAAACUUGGGAAAGCAGCUACCCCCGUCUUAGCCCUCGCAGCCCUGAGACAACUCUUGCCUUGCUGUCUUCCAUGUCAAUGUAGAGACCAGUGUUGUGGGUUUGGGGUUUUUUGGGGUUGGUUUGUUUUUGUUGUUUGUUUGUGAUUGAGCACUUUGAGUGGCUGCAGCAUCGGUGGGCAGCAGGAACCAUGGAGUUGAGUUCCAGUAUGGGACUGUGGUUGAGGUCAGGGUUUCUCACUUUGAGAGCCUGGCUACCAUCUGCUUUUCUUUUUAAUUGCUUUUCUUGUUUACAGCGUGGAACGCUUCCUCUGUGACUCUUUCUAAUGUAUUAUAAUUAUUACUUUAAAAAAA